CGCUCGGGACGCGUUUGCCGCACGCUUGGGUGCGCGUUUUCCCUUUGGGUUGCUGUGGAUGAAAGAUACAGAAGGACACCCAUUGUCAGAGGAAAGGAGGGUAGCUGCCAUUGAUAGGGUUGUCCUUUGCUCUGAAGGAGGAGACCAUGCUGAAGCAUCUUUUUAAGAUACCUUCCAUUUUGAACAUUAAAAAAGAUCACCUAAUAUUAUCCUAGGUUUAAGCAAGAAAGAUGAAUUUGAGGUGAUUUUUCACUUCUGUUGCCCUGGAGUUACUGCAGAGCAGACCCCUGGAAAGACACAGUGCAGGAAAAUAGUCCUGUGCUGCAAUACAGUGUUUGACACCUGCAUAACCAUCUAAGAGAUGCCUCAUCUGAGCAAAGAUGACAAGGCUCCUGAGAGGAUUUAAUCUGUGAUGGAAUGACUUCUGUGAAACUGCUUCAGCAAAGGGCACCCAGCAUCUCUGCCCUCACUGAUCCAUGGCAAAGUCCGAAAUGAACCACACUUGGAUGUAUAACCUGAGCUUUGGUGCACCUGCACAUCCUCUUGAGCCAAGGGCUGGACUCUCACGAAGUGGGCACACAGUAGUGGCUGUUUUUCUUGGAUUAAUCUUGUUUUUUGGUUUCUUGAAUAACCUGAUUGUCCUCAUCCUCUUCUGCAAGUUUAAAACCCUGCGUAACCCAGUCAACAUGCUUCUCCUGAACAUCAGUGUCAGUGACAUGUUAGUGUGCAUCUCGGGCACUACCCUCAGUUUUGCAUCCAACAUCCGUGGCAAAUGGAUCGGAGGGGACCAUGCUUGUAGGUGGUAUGGCUUUGUCAAUUCCUGCUUUGGUGUCGUGUCGCUGAUCUCCCUGGCGGUGCUGUCCUACGAGCGAUACAGCACUCUCACCCUGUGCCACAAGCGCAGCGAUGAUUUCCGCAAGGCUCUGCUGGCUGUCGGUGGUUCUUGGAUUUAUUCCUUGGUCUGGACCGUGCCACCUCUGCUUGGUUGGAGCAGUUAUGGGGUAGAAGGUGCAGGCACGAGCUGUUCAGUACGCUGGUCCUCGGAGUCGGCCGAGUCCACGUCCUACAUCAUCUGUCUGUUCAUCUUCUGUUUGGCUGUCCCCGUGCUGGUCAUGAUGUACUGCUACGGGCGCCUCCUGUACGCGGUCAAACAGGUUGGGAAAAUCCACAAGAAUGCUGCCCGCAAAAGAGAAUACCACGUUCUGUUCAUGGUGAUCACUACAGUUAUCUGUUUCCUGGUGUGCUGGAUUCCAUAUGGGGUUAUAGCAUUACUUGCAACAUUUGGCAAGCCAGGUGCUGUGACUCCAGUUACAAGCGUCAUACCUUCCAUCCUAGCAAAAAGCAGCACUGUUUGCAAUCCCAUUAUCUACAUACUUAUGAAUAAGCAGUUUUACAAAUGCUUUCGCCAGCUUUUCCACUGCCAACCUCCUUCCUCCACUGAUGGAGAGCCCACCUACCAUUCCAAGGUAACUGUUAUCCAGCUGGAUCAGAGGGCGGACAGUGGAAACGUGUGCAAUAAUGAACCACAUCCAGAAACAGACAGUAAAAUGACUUCUCUCCUGUGCCCAGAGACAACUUCAAAAGCUAUACCACCAACAUCUUAGAAAAACUGGCUCUGAUGGAAAGUACAAGCCUUAACCAAAAUGCAUUUUACUAUUUCACUGCCACAUUACCAAGCUAGCUCUACAAGUAAUAACAGAAGUUGCCAUUUGUGGGAUUGAAAACCUGUCAAGAACAAAAAUUAUGACUUCUUAAUAACAGAAAAUUAAUCACUUAGCCCCAGAUAUGGUUCAAACAUGACAACAUUUUAAGCAGUAUCAUUGACUUUCCUGUAAAUUAGUUAAUGGAGGACUUAGAAGUGGAAGAGUUUUGCGUUCUAGUGGUUCAGUGUCCUCCAGAAUCAACCAAAAAGGCAUGCUGGGCUAUCUAAUUUAGCUCCUUACUUUUCCUGACUGGUUCCAUCCAGACCAUGUCUUGGGACCUCAGUCUAGGUUGUUCAUAAAUAACCAUAACUUCUACUUACAUUUUUGCUCAUGCUGGACAAUGAUGUUUGGCAGGAGGAAGGACAUUGACUUGGCAGACUAUUUUUGAGUGGUAUCCACUAAGUUAUAGCAUAUCCUUGUGUUGAAGUCUGAAAGAUGAGCUACAACAACUACCAGAGAUUUCCACACACAGAACUGUCCCUGUGCUAGAGGCUUAUCUGUCCUGGUGGAAUCAGGAGUCCUGAUACUUCCAGGCCUUGUGUACAUGUCAAAUGCUCAAGCUCUAGUCUGGGCAAAAACAGUGGUCAGUGCCAGGCUGUUCUUCCUUUAGCACCUCUAACACUACAGACCUCCAGCCCAUGGGACCAACAGUGAGGUACAACCAGAACUCCAUCCAAACCAUCUGUGGGUGACAUGCAGGACAACACAUGAACCUGAGGAGGUAGGGCCCUCUACUUAGCUGGCAGAGCCCCCAGAUUCUCCCUUGAAAUUAUCUGCUCCUGCUUUUCUGCACUGCAUUCAAAAAAAAAAAAAACCCAAAAACAACAAGGGGAUGGAGAAGGAAGAAUUAAAAAAAAAAGCUUCUCUUUGGAAAGGAAGCCAUCUUUUUUGUACAAAUACAGUAGUCUGUAAAAUAGAGAAGAAAUGGUUUCAUUUCUGUCUCAUGCCUUGGAGUAUGUGAAACCCCUCCACAGGGGACAGCCCUGGUGUUGUAGAGCCAUAACUGCAAACUCAAUUUACAAAAAAUGUUAGUUGAGCAUCUUUAAAAGAAUAGCAGCAAUUUAGACCACUAGGACAUUUACAUCAGCCCAUGUAGUAAGAUAUAUUCAGGUUUUAUUCUAUAUUUUUCCUAAUGCCAUGCGUCUAGGUUGUUUUUCCUAAGUCCCUAAAACAGCACUGCCAACAAAGCUCCCUGGACUACAUUCCAUCCCAUACUUUUUCAUAACACUCUUAAACUCCAUUCCUCUCUUUGCUUGGUUUUAACAUUGCACGGGGCUACUGACAUCUUUAUCCAGCAGAUAUGUGUGCCAAGCUGUCUAUAUUUUCAUCUACCUUCCCUUCUCUCCUCCAUUUAGCUUCAGGGAUGUACAUUUUUUAAAUCACCAAUUGCUUUGUGCCACUUACAUGACCCCCAAAAUAUUUUUUACAUUGUGUUUGAACUUUAAUGAUUUGGUUGCAGUCUCAAAGCUAAAGAAGAGGAAUGUGCCUAUCUGCUUUCAGACUUAAUCUUGGUUCCAUUAACUCAUUUUGCUUGCCUGUCUAUUCUGAGAAGUCCAAAGUUGCUUCCCAAUUGUUAUCUUUACACAUUUCUGUCUGUAUUACUGCUUUCUAAGUUUCUCUUUUGUGGCUGAAUUUCUCGGCAUUUUCUCCCACACCUGUAGUGCCAAAGUGUGCCUUGUUUAUGUGCUAUCCCUGUACUGCCCUCUGAGUGUGUCUUUACACUUAUUUCUUUUGUCUGUGUACUUUUCACAUCACUGCCCAGUUCAACACAUCUGCAUCGACUUUGUUCCAUAUCUCAACACUCCUCCAGGAUUGUAAGUAUGAAUGAAAACCUCAUUGUUUGAUAGCCUGUAAGGUGAAGAAUUUCCAUAUGAUACACUUCAAUAUUUGUCUUUGCUAACAGUCCUUAAAACAAUUUUCAGGUCAAUGCACAAUCAUUAUAUAUAUAAAACAGCACAGACUGUCUUACAUGUGACCUAAGGAGCUAUUAAUAAACAGGAUGAGACAGUCAUUGUCCCAACACAAUACAGAGUCUGGACAGAAUUAAUCUUACUGAGUUGUUCAUGCCCAUCUCUGACCUUGCUGGUCUAAAGCAUUCUUUGCAGACAAUGCAGGAGACAGGUAUUUCUAGGGCAAAACUCAUCUGACUUAUUUUAGAUAUCUCCUUUAGGAUGUGUUGAAUAGUUCACUUAUUGAGAACUGUCCUUUUAGUGUUGUUUCUCUCCAUUGACUUGAAACCAAAAAUAAGAGGCUGGUACUUGGCUACCAAGAACCUUCUCCUCUACUCUCCUGUGUAAGCAGCUUUUGGAGCACCAUGAAAAAUAAUAUAAUCUGUGCUUCUUUUCCAGAAGCACAAUGAGAAGAAAUAGGCAUGAUCAAAUGUGCCCCUGGUGCAGUAUCACAGGCUCCCUUGCUGUCAGCACAAGAAAGUGGGCACUUUUAGGAAGCAGUGCAUGUCUAAUGGAUCAUACAAGCCAUUCCCCAGAAGCUCCUGGGUUUUUUUUCCUGUUGGCUGUAGGAGGAGCCUGAGCAGCAGCAUGGAUAGCUGCACUCCCAGUAUGGGAUGAAAAUUUCACAUGUUGAGGACAAUUUGGGGCUCACAGUAAUAUUUAAGAGGUUUUUUUUUCUCUAAUAAUUCUGAGGGUGACUAACACAAGUACAGACCUGCACUGUAACCAGCUGAAGUCAGAAAGCACAAAUCCCGCUCUCUGACUGACCCAGACAUGAACCAUACAGAUAUGGCAAAUUUAGGUGCAAGGAUUAAGCUGAUGGGAGAUAUGGGGUUUUUUUACACCACUCAUAAAUACUAAGGUACGGGAAUGGGAGUAAAAACAGAGAAUUGCAAAGUAUUUAGGGAAGGCCAGGUAGACAUGUACAACUUGAGAAAACACAAAACCUAAAAGGGAAAGUCUAUAGGCUGUCUAUAGCAUCUAAAUAUAAAAAAGCUUUUUAGAUCUUAAAUAUCCAAUCCAUGUUUCACAUUAAUGAAAAGGUCAGGGUUAUCCAGCCUGAUUUUCGUUUUGACAAACGCAACUGGUGCUACCAGACAUUCAAAAUCACAACUGAAGAUAAUUCUGCAUAGGCCACUCUAAUUCUAAUACCCUUGCUUGAUUUAUCAGUCCCAUUUGGAUUACAAUUGUAAAAAUGGAAAAAUGCAAAAUAAUUCUGCCUGUUUUGUGGUAGAACAUUCAAAGUCGUGCUUUGUGAAUGUUUUAUAAUUGAAUGGCAAUGUUCGUGAACACCCAACUGAACAUUGUAAAAAAAGAAAGAAAAAAAAGAAUUGUGAGCAUAGAAUACUCUUUUACAAAUACUAUAACAUUUAUUAUUCCAAAGAAAUGAUGUGGUUGUCAGAGAAACAGUCAAAUGCAACUUUGCUAUAACAGGGCAAUUGUAGAUUGCUAAAAGAGUAUUACGUAUUUUGAAAUAUUAUAUAUUAGUAUUUCAUAAUUCUUACAAAAGUGUGUUAUCUGUUCUUGGCAUUUUGGUUAAGAUCAAGUGUAGUGUAGUAAUUUUAUUUUUUCCUAUUUGGAAGAUGCCCUUGGUGUUACGAAGUGUUGGGUAUAGUUUAAACUCAGUCCAAAUGGCACAAAUAAACGUAGCUUAUACAAUCUGCACUGAGGACAUUUAAACCAGAAUUAUAUGAAGAUUAAAUUCCUUGCAUGGAUGGUUUUUACAAAUGAACAUGUUCUAUGGAUUCUAAUCAUAAGGAGAAAAUGUUUUUUGUUAUUUGUUCUUGGCAAUUUGAAUAAUUCCAAAGAUUUUGAUUUUCCAACAUGAAUAUUGUAUGGUACAAUUAAGCAUUGUGGUUAGCACUCUAAUUUAAAAAAGAAUGUUUUCUAGUUUACAAAUAAAUAAAAUAUAGUUUAAUAUAUCUCAGUCAACAGAUGCUGUAUGAAAGCAUCUAGAAUUACAAGUGUAACUCAAACAUUCAUCAAGAACACAGAAUCAUUGUAACAUAAUGAAAGAGAUGUUGAAAACAUUUAAAUAUACAUAAUCUGACUCAUUCCCAUAAUGUAUCAUUUCACACGCAUUGUAAAUUCAGUUACAGAAAAUAAUUUAGCUGUACAUACUAGUAAGUUUGUAUAUUUGAAAGCAUUACAAAUAAGCAUAAAGCAUUUAGAAGGUAUAAUCUUCUAUAUGAUAGCCUACUACUAUAGUCUCUCUUGACUGGAUUGCAGAUACCACACGAAACUCCUUGAAACUGGGCCAAAUGUGCCUCAGUUAUUCUUUGGUACAUGCAGUAAAAAUAGCUCUGGCUUUUUUAAACACUUUGUUUCUUAAAGAUGGUUCUCUCACCUCUGGUUAGUUCAUGAACUAUGUGAAAAAUAUAAACCACAAGAAAAACAAAUUAUUUAUCAAAGAAUUGUCACCAAAUGGCCCUGUGCCUAAGCUUAAUAAUUUGUGCAAUACUUGUCACCUUUGAUGUAUAGAUACUAGCAUUACAUAGUAGACCUUGAAAAUUACAUUUUUAUAACUUGGUGAAUGCAAAAAGCUCUACAUUAAUCACAAUAAUACUGUAAUAUGAGCAUAGACUGGAAAAUACUGACCAGUAAUAUAAUGUAAUUCUAAAUGUAUUGUUUAAUUUUGGGUGAUACACUAGAAUAAUAAAUUUUUAAAUAUGAUUUAAGAGGAGAGUUUGCUCUUUUAUGUCUCCAUUUUGAGAAGUGGGAGGAGAUACUCAAAUUUCACUGUGCUUUUUAUUAGAGUAAGAAUAAUUUGAAACUUAUGUAUUGGAGGUAUUACUGAUUUGUGGGCUAAUACUUGAACAACACUGAGCUGGCAAGAGUAAGCAUUAUUCUGUUCCUGCACCAACUGCUGUUAAAGCAUCUGAAUUACAGCAACAAAGGCAACUCUUCAUACGUCCAUUUGUUCCUUUCUGUUCAUGAAAGUGCAUUUUUUUCUAGGCAGAGCUGGAGGUCAGCUGUAUACUGCUAUGCAACAUGCUCUCCAAAGCUGUUUUAAAUUUAAGUUCUUAGUCAUACAACAACCUGCUAAUGUUGCAGUGCAAUGAUAGCCUUGCUUGUACUAUUGUCUUGAUGCAUGCAAAUGAAGAUUAAAAUAAUGUUAUCAACUAUUACUGAUGCAUAACUGUUAAAACUGGAAUGACAUCUGUAAAGCCUCAAACAACAUUUCCCUUCUCCCAACAAUAAAGUAACCUGGGCUUAGUUAUUUUGUUUUCAGUGGACUGUAUGUUAUGCUAAAAUUUCUAGCACAUAUCAGAACUACCACCUACAGCAACAACCUAAAAUGUAAGAAUCUACACAGGUCAUGUUUUGAUUGAAAACAAACCAAAAUACUGCAGUCGCAGCUUUCAGCUAGCUUUUUAAAAGAUAAAAGUCACUGCUCUCUAACAGUACAUAAAUGUGAAUUUCAAUUAAAGUCGCAUCUGAAGAGGUAAAUCAGGAAAGUGUACUGAUGGACUAUGGUAAGUAAGAAUUUAUAGAAAAUCCACUAAGUAAACAGUGGACAGGAGCAAAAUCUCCACAGAAAAGCCUUUAUAUGAUCUCGACAUUAUUAAAAAGCUCUCAGAAUUUCCAAAUGCUAAUGUGCCAUCCCGUCCAAUGAGCACAGAAUGCUGCCCUUGGGAAACUCUGCAGUUUUACUCCUGGUCUUCAGAUGACAAAAAUUUAAGGUCAGAAUAGGCUGUUUACGUUGGCUACCAAAGACAGUACAGGAACAGUCAGUUCUUACAGCAGAAUGGUAACAUUAGUGACUGACACUUCAUAUACUAUCAGAUUCAAUUAAAAACUGAGCUUUGAUAUAUACAGAAAGAAGGGAGGAAGACUGAGUUCACAUUUCACAAUGAAAGACUUAUUAACACAAAGUGAGAGGUAACUUACUUCUGCCAAAAGGUAGGGUAAAUCCUUCCCUAGUAACAGUGUUAAUUUAGGAUUUGCCAGUGGAAUCCAAGUCUGAGGUUUGAUGGUUGGAAGCUUAUCUGUCUUCUGAGAAAAAUGGCAUAGAUCCAAGUCCAAGAUGAGAUGUAAACAUAUCAAUACUCAUUUAGCAAACUUAUUUUCAUCCAAAUGUGAACCAACAACUUUAACUGUGAAAAGCCACCAUGGCAAUUGCCUAACGCUAAUGCAAGAUGAUGAGAAUACUGUGCAGAAAUUUGUUUAGAAGCGUGAAGGCAGCAGCUGCAAAAGCAAUGCAAAAAUAUGAAGAAAUGGCUUCUCAAAGCUCUCAUAAGGAUUAGACUAGGAAGACAAAGAAAGGGUUUAUUGUGAGGAGUGGCAUUAGUUAAGCUAUGACAUGUCACAAAAGGCAAAGUUACAAGCCAGCUAAAGUCCACGCUGGUGUCUCAGGAAACAAACCAAAAGACACUCCUAGAUGAAAAUCAAAAGGUUGGUUUACCCGUUGGACGUUUACCCACAAACCAUCCCUCCCCAAAUCAAUCCUGCUCUUCCCAUCCACUCAUUUCCCCUCCACAGCUGGGACAUGCCCUGUGCUUCCCUCACCCAGCCACAGCUAUCAAAUUCUUCUGCCUCUCCUCGGCUACACUGAGCCAGUGCAGAGCUGACCUAGCAGGGUCUGAGGGAGGCAGGGGGGCCAGCAAGUGCAAAACCCAUUAUUUUCCCGAGCUCCCACGCAGUGAAAAACCAGGGGAGAAGUUCUACCUCUUCUCUCUUUCUCUCAUUCCUCUAAAAUCAAAGCACGUGAGAGACUUCCUCUUCCCCACUGGCUCCCUUUCUGAGAGAUUUAAUAAUAUUGUGACUUAAGUACUGUAAUACAGUUAUUAACAAUGUUAAAAGAUUCCCCUGACAUAAGUCACUGUGGAAGGAUGCUGACUCAUUGCUGCAGAAGAACACCUUGAGGACACAUUCCACCAGCAUCCUCCCUUUGGCAAGAUUCAGUUUCUUAUAAAUAGUGCCAAGCAGGAGGAAUAUAUACAAUUGUCAGGAGAAAAAUAUAAUUACUGAAGAAACAGUGUAAGACCAUGCUAAAACAUUCUUGACAUUUGUGAAAAGAAACAUUCUGAUGUUUCCAUGUUUUAAUUUAUACAUUUGUCCAAUUUUGUACAUUGGGCCUAAUGGAAGCUAAAAAGCUUGGAACAAAAGUGCCUCACUUGACUCAGAACCAUUUUUGUAACCUUUUCUAUAUGAUUAAAAUCAUCAUAGUUCUUGCUGGAAAUUGCUCAGAUUCAGGAAUGUAUAUCUCUGUAAAAAUUCAUACCCCCUAUUUAACAACAGUCUAUUUCCUUCAUAUAGCUGUUUUAAGCACAGUAGCAUUUAGUAGUGUGGUAAUUUAAUAAAUUAUUUUCUCUUGUUGAAACUAAGACACUCAUAUUUUAUGAUGGCCAUCACUUAAUCUUUCUACUAAUUCUAUAGGAAAUAAUUUUAUAGAUUUUAUAAGAUCAGGUAGAAGCUCAAUAUUCAGCAUUUCCCUUUCAUACAAGUACACUGUUUGUGUCUGCCAGCCUCAGUUCCAACAGGAUUAUUUGCUGCAUGAGUGACUGAGAGAUACCUGAACUGAAGACCAACAGGACUUUUCAGCUUUCUGCCAAGCUGCAUUCUAUUUUUUAUGCUUUAUCUUACCCUUUAUGUCCCUGACAAUAUGCAUUUGCUCUUUCUUUGCUACCUCUGUACUUAGAUUAUGUUACAUGUGCAAUAAAUAGACAUUAAUUCGAUAAGGUUAUCAAAACAGGAAGACUCUCCCUAAUAAAAUAUUUAAAAUACAUCUAUCAGAACAGUAGCUGGUUAUGAAAUGGGGUGGAUACGACAUCCAAUAAGCUCAUCUUAAUACCUUGGUUCUUUAAAGUUAGUAACAGCCUACCAAAAAGCACUGCUCCUUGGAAAAGAACUAUAUAAAUAAAAUUCCCACUACAGAAGAACGCAAAUUUGCCUCUGUACACAGAGUAUAUUUAUCUGUACAGCUUUUGUUGAUAAAAUUUUGCUUGUUUAAUGGUUUAUAUUUUCAAAGCUUUCUCUGCUUGAAGGAUAUUUUUUGUCACUAACAUUUAGAUUUGGGAUUGAAGAUUGCUGUUCUAGUCUCAUAGUGAAAUUAAUUCCAUUUCUUCAAAGAAAGCUUUUGAAGUGUUUUUUAUGUAUGGUGGAAGUACAGAUUGACAGCACAAUGAUCCUCUUCAAUAUUCUUACAAUCAGCAGCUGUUAGCCUAUUUUUAUCAACAGCUUCAUUGCUACAAGAAACACUUUUGCAAAAUGCAGCUGGUGAGAUCAUUUCACAUCAACUGUCUUCUCCCUGUGAAUUUUUACAAGCAGGUUCCAAAAAACCCUCACUUCAAGAAGUAACCAACUGCCAAGGCCCCCUCCAACAACACACCAGGCCUCCUUUACCUUCCACUCAUGUUCCAAGUAUGCACAACCCACUCAAGGCAAAGAUGAGCAUCGCCCAGAAACCUUUGUAUUCUCCCUCUGGGAGAUUCUGCACCCUCUCUAAGGCCUUUGGUGUGCUCUAAAGUGACCUAGGAUGCUACUACUGCAUACAGAACCCAAGAUAAAUGUUCAAAACUGGUUUUGAACAAGAUACAGAUACAAUCUCAGGUGUCUUUGCUUUCAGAUUCAAAUACAAAGAAUAAAACCAAACCAUUUUCUGACUGCAGCAAAUACCUAUCAGAUCAAUUUCACAAUGUCAGUGAGGAAAGGAUGGAGUUUCCAAAGUAGAAGAUGGUAUUUGAAGCUCUACUGCCCCGUGAGUUUAGAAGCAUUAGCCAGGAUGACCCUGACUCAGCCUUGCCACUCUGCCUACUUGCAUCCUUUAGACCUGUCCACACACAGGACCUGCUGUGGGCAGAGUGCCAAAUUGUGCCCUCAGAAAUACUAAGGAAGGACCCAAAAAAUACAGUGAAACUCUAGUGCUUCCAGUGAAGAAGUGCUCAGACUGAGCACUAGAAGCCCUCGGCCUAUGUAGAGAAUACAGCUCAGCCUGCCAUUGAUUUCAUCCUGUCUACAUGAUCUGCCAUCUGAGGAUUCUCUGCUCUAUGAUCCCAAUGAGGAACUUCAGAAUUGAGUAGGUCUUCAAAAGAUACAUUAAUAUGGAAUAAUACAAAUUUCUCAUAGAUACAUGCAUGUUUUAUGGAUAUGAUAGACAUACUAUGGAUGCAAAGGGCAAGAAAGCAGAACAUCAAAUUCACCCAGCUGUUUUUUAGUUCUCAUACUGUGUGUUUCUGCUAGUCAUUGAUUCUGUAUAAAGCACACAGUACACAUGUAUGGACUUGAUCCUCAUUCAAUGUAUACGUUUGAAAUUAUUUUUUUAAUCUAACGUGUCUACUGGGACCA